AUGGCGUCCGACGGGGACUGGAAGCGGCUGUUCUAUGUGCGGCGCACGGUGCUGCAGAUGCUGCGAGACCGAGGGUACCUGGUGGCGGACGCCGACAUCGAGCUGACCGUGGCCGCGUUCCUCGAGCGCUACGGCGACCCCGUCAGCCGCGACGACCUCACCAUCCACUGCGCCAAGAAUGAAGACCCCAACGACCAGGUCAACGUCUUCUUCCUGGACGAGUCCAAGUCCGGCCUGGGCGCGGUCAAGACCUGCGGCGACAAGAUGAAGCAGGGGGGCGUCACGAACGGCAUCCUCGUCCUGCAGAAGGCCCUGAGCGGGCCGGCCCGGACCGAGGUCCUGCAGAGCAAGAAGUACCGCCUCGAGGUCUUCAAGGAAAGCGAGCUCCUCGUGAACAUUACGGAGCACCAUCUCGUUCCCAAGCACGAGCUCCUGUCAGACGAGGAGAAGAAGGAGCUGCUGGAGAAAUACAGUGCCAAAGAAAUCCAGCUCCCUAAGAUUCAAAUCAUGGAUCCGGUAGCAAGAUACUACGGCAUGAAGCGUGGGCAGGUUGUGAAGAUCACCCGGAAAAGUGAGACCGCUGGAGAAUAUGUGACCUACCGCUAUGUUAUCUGACCCUCAAUAGGUUAUCAAAGCUUGAAAUUCUGCGCCAGCACUGCCAGUUGAAAAUGCUUUCUUCCAAUGCUAAUUCUGGUCAAGCACGUGCUCUUGAGGAGGAACCGAAGUGCUUUCUGAAGUGCCUUGGCAAUUUCGACAUGGUGCUGCUAUCUAGCUCUAGACAUCGGUUUCUGUAGAUGUGUUUGUUGAUGCUAAAGUGCUAAAUCACUCUUUGACUACAUGAGAUGGUCGAGCCCUCCCGAAAUUCAGUUACUUGUGCGCCCCUCUAUUUUGACGAAAUUGUAUGAGCACAUA